UACUACCAUGGAGGUAGAAUCACAGGUACUACAAGUCCUCGCACACACUGACCAGCUUAGUUGAGGCGCUUCAGUACUUUUAGAACGGGCAUGACCGGAAAAAAAUGUCAGUCGUGAAGUUCUGGUGCCGAUUUAGUUUCUCUGCACAGGCAUCAUGGCCUCGUUUAGUAAGAUCAUUAUGCCAAGAAGCCUCAAAAGAGGGCGAGUCACUUACGGAUAAUUCUCCAAGGAUACAGCGUGAAGAAACCCUCUCUCAGAAAAAGGACACUUCAGAUCUCGUCAGUCGCAGUGCCAGCGAUGAAGACCCAACAAAAAUCAUCCAACUCAUCAACACGGUGUCAGAGAGGGAUCUGGCCGCAAUCAAGCAUGUCUCGUCGAACGUUGCGGCAUCCAUUGUGUCGCACCGGGAAUCCAGCGGGCCCUUUGCUGAGGUGAGAGACCUGUUGAAAGUGCCUGGGAUCGGCCGGCAAACGCUGCAGAGGAUCUGCCGGGAAAUCCUAAAGCCCUCGCUUCACGUGAACAUUGGGAACAACCAGGGACCCACAACAGAGGGGGACCAAUUUGGAGUUGCAGCUAGCAGGAUAGAGUCCCUGAAAGACAUAGUGGCCGUGGACAUUGGUCUGAAGCAUCUCAGCUGGGUGUACAUGACCAGGGAUCGACAGGUGUGGCAGUGGAGAGUGAAAGACAUUGUGGGUAUCAAGGCCGGGAAAUGGGACCCACCGACCUACCACAAGAUGAUCACAAAUGCCAUUGCUGAAAUGCCGAAGCCAGACCUGUACGUCCUCGAGCACCAAUCCUAUACCAACGCCAACAAGGGCACCUUCCAGAUGCUUCUCUACCAGCGCACGCUGCAGAGCAUGCUGUACACGGCCCUGAACCACAACAGGGAUGACAUCGGUACCCCGCGCGCCAUCUCCGUGCCCCAGACACAAGUUGGACGCCACUUUGGCCUACAGGUCAGGGGGACACGCAUGAGCGGGCGGGACAUUGUUGCCACGCUGCUCCGGGAUGGAAUGGAGAGAGGGGAGAGUGAUGACGAUUUGCCGGCCAGGAUGAGCUGGGAGGACGCGGAAACAUUCCAGGCAGCGACCAAGCACGAGAAGGAGCACUUAGCCAACUGCUUGCUGCUGGCAAUUGCUUUUUAUGACCAGACAGUGGACAAGAUAGAAUCAAGGGAGAGCUAAGGUUCUGUGAAGCCUGUCAAAUAAUGUAAAGUUGAACUUGAGAAUAAUCAAGGGAGCCACGGUUCUCUGAAGAGUGUUAAGUAAUAUUACAUGUAUUUGAACUUCAGGAUAUUUCUUCAGAAAAUCUUUCUGGUGUUGUUGCCCCAAUUAGCAGACUUCUACCAUAGUCAUUCCUGAAACCCAUUCCAUUUCCCCAGUGCAGAAUCGUAUGCAGAGAUUUGGCAUCUUCCAUUUUGGAUCCAAAGUCUGAUGCGAAAGCACACCCCUGUGGAUAUAUUGGAAUGUACUCAGCAGAUGAUCAAAUGUCCAUAGGUCAUUUUUUCAGUCAAUAAAUUAAUGUAACCCAACGUACACAACCAACUUGGAAACAAAAUGGCAUCCUAUACAUCUUCAUGUCACAACUGUCUCUGAAUUCAGCUCUGCCCCAGUGGAGUAUGCAACACCAUCAUAGCCUACAUAAGGUGCUGCAGAGCACCAAAGUGAAUACGUCAAACACACAAUUGCGUGUAAGGGCAUAAGUGCAAGAACCAGUGUGUGAACACGCAUGCACGCAUACUCAAUUCAUUGGCACUUCACUUUCUGGUUGUAAUGACUUCAUGCUUCGUUACUCUAUAAGCUGUACGUCAGCUUAGGCCUUGUUUGUUUUUACACGGAUCUGGAUUGCAAUCAGUGAUCCGACGUUGGUUCACUGACACCAGCUUCCGCCUCAUGGAUAGGGUGAACCAGCCUUGAGAUCACUGAUCGUGAUCCAGAUCCAUGUGAAACAAACGGGCCCUGAGAUCCACAGCUCUGUAGAUUUUACAAAUCUGAAAUACUACUUUGGAGUUUGUGAAGUUUUGUCUAUGUUCAG